CCUGCACUCAUUGUCAUUGCAACUACUAUACCAUUCACAUAGCUAGAUAGAGAAAUAAUUAGGAGAUCAAAGAGAAAUUAAGGAGAAGGAGGAAAUGGGAGAUUGGGGGCCAGUUUUUGUGUCUGUGGUGCUUUUCAUUCUCCUCACUCCAGGGCUCUUGGUCCAAAUACCUGGAAGAGGCAGGUUCAUAGAGUUUGGUAAUUUUCAGACCAGUGGAUUAUCAAUAUUGAUCCAUGCUAUCCUCUACUUUGCUCUCGUGUGCAUCUUCAUGUUAGCAAUUGGGAUCCACAUGUACAUGGGGUAAAUCAUCCCUAAAUAUAUGUACCCUCAAUCCUCAUGUAUACACUUUUUAGAGUUUUGUUCCUUUGGUUUGGUUUGUGUUCAGGGAUGUGACUUGUUUUCCUUGUAAUGUCUCGUUUUUUUCCUCUUUCAAUAAAUUUCUUGGAAUCAAGCUUGUGAAUUAAUGACAAAUAUUUCUGUUUCUACUGCAUCAA